GAUGAAGUGUGGAUGGAUGGAGUGGUGAUUUAGGACGGGACCGUGGAUCUGUGCGUGGAUUGUGAGGGAAUGCAGGGCGGUCGGUGGUUCAGGUCGGUGGUUGUGGUGGUUGUUGCUGGAUGAAUUAAUGAGGCCAGUGUAGGAGCUUCACAAAGACUCCUGAUUCUGCUGGACGUGUUUAUAGUCCUGACGCAUCAUUCUUAACCAAACAUGAUGCUGGAUGCCUCCUGUAGAAACAAUAAUUCCGUUUAGGAUUCCCACCACCGUCAUCUUCACUGAUGGAGAUCCGGUCUGAUUCAUCUCUGAACAUGGACGAACCCGAGUGUACGGAAGCGUCCACUUACUCCGAGUCCUCCAGACCCAGGUUCAGAACGGUGGAAGAAACCAGAGAGAAGCUCAAGUUCAUCCUGGGUGCAUCUGAAGAUAACUCGUCUGAUGAUGAGUCCAGCAGUCAGGCCAAAUCCCAAACCCAAAGCGUGGCUGACGGACCCAAAGCGACAGGGUCGGUGGAGAUGCGUCCUCCUACGGGCGUGUCCCGAUCCACAACCAUGAGGCCUAGCAUGUCCGGUUCCCACCUGACGAAGAAAGGUCGAGAGCAGAGGAGGAUGGACGUACCGAGGGAUUUCACCGUGGCCUCUCCGGCCGAGUUCGUCAAGCGAUUUGGAGGCACCCGGGUCAUAGAGAAGGUGCUGAUAGCCAAUAACGGCAUCGCGGCGGUCAAAUGCAUGCGCUCCAUUCGCCGAUGGUCCUACGAAAUGUUCCGUAAUGAGAGGACCAUACGCUUCGUCGUGAUGGUCACGCCCGAGGAUUUAAAAGCUAACGCAGAGUACAUAAAAAUGGCAGAUCACUACGUUCCGGUCCCCGGGGGGCCCAACAACAACAAUUACGCCAACGUGGAGAUGAUCGUGGAUAUAGCGAAGAGAAUUCCAGUUCAGGCGGUGUGGGCUGGAUGGGGUCACGCAUCAGAAAACCCUAAACUUCCAGAGCUGCUCCACAAAGCCGGGAUUUCAUUCUUAGGACCGUCUAGUAAAGCCAUGUGGGCUCUGGGAGAUAAAAUCGCUUCGUCUAUUGUAGCUCAGAGUGCAGGAAUCCCCACGUUACCCUGGACUGGAUCUGAGCUGAAGGUGAAGUGGGGAGAGGAAGAGCAGCGACUGGGUCAUGUGAUCAGCGUCCCGCCCGAGCUGUACGCCCAAGGCUGCGUGAGAGACGUGGAUGAAGGACUGGCUGGCGCUGAGAGGAUCGGCUACCCUGUGGUGAUCAAGGCCUCGGAGGGGGGAGGAGGGAAGGGAAUCAGGAAGGUGGACAGUGCUGAGGAUUUCCCCAGCUUCUUCAGACAGGUUCAGGUGGAGGUGCCGGGCUCGCCCAUCUUCAUCAUGCAGUUAGCGCAGCACGCCCGGCACCAGGAGGUGCAGAUCCUGGCCGACGAGUACGGGAACGCCGUGUCCCUGUUCGGCCGCGACUGCUCCAUCCAGCGCCGGCACCAGAAGAUCAUCGAGGAGGCGCCGGCCACCAUCGCCUCGUCCUCCACCUUUCAGCAGAUGGAGAGUUGUGCCGUGCGCCUUGCUAAGAUGGUGGGCUACGUGAGCGCCGGGACUGUAGAGUACCUGUUCUCGGAGGACGGCAGCUACCACUUCCUGGAGCUGAACCCCCGGCUGCAGGUGGAGCAUCCGUGCACCGAGAUGAUCGCUGACGUCAAUCUGCCCGCUGCUCAGCUGCAGGUAGCUAUGGGGAUCCCUCUACACAGGAUUAAGGACAUCCGCGUACUGUACGGCGAGGCGCCGUGGGACGACACCCCGAUUAACUUCGAGGAUCCGGAGUGCAGCCCCUGUCCUCGGGGGCACGUCAUCGCCGCUCGCAUCACCAGCGAGAACCCGGACGAGGGUUUCAAGCCGAGCUCGGGGACGGUGCAGGAGCUGAAUUUCCGCAGCAGUAAGAAUGUGUGGGGGUACUUCAGCGUGGGCGCGGCAGGAGGGCUGCACGAGUUCGCCGACUCUCAGUUCGGCCACUGCUUCUCCUGGGGGGAGAACCGCGAGGAGGCCAUCUCUAAUAUGGUGGUAGCCAUGAAAGAACUGUCCAUCCGUGGAGAUUUCAGAACCACGGUGGAGUAUCUGAUCAAGCUCCUGGAGACGGAGAGCUUCAGGAACAACGACAUCGAUACGGGCUGGCUGGAUCAUCUGAUCGCCGAGAAAGUGCAGGCGGAGAGGCCGGAUACCAUGCUGAGUGUGGUGUGUGGAGCCCUACACGUAGCUGAUGCCAGUUUCAGGAAGAGCAUGUCUGAUUUUCUGCACUCGCUCGAAAGGGGUCAGGUGUUACCUGCUGCCAGCCUGCUGAACACAGUGGAGGUGGAUCUGAUCUACGAGGGGAUCAAGUACUGCCUCAAGGUGGCCCGUCAGUCUCCCACCACCUACGUGAUCUUCAUGAACGGCUCGGACAUCGAGAUCGACGUGCACAGGCUGAGCGACGGCGGCCUGCUCCUGUCCUACAGCGGCAACAGCUACACCACCUACAUGAAGGAGGAAGCAGAAAGUUACCGGAUCACGGUGGGUAACAAGACGUGCGUGUUCGAGAAGGAGCGGGACCCCACGGUGCUGCGCUCGCCCUCUGCUGGCAAAUUCCUGCAGUACAUGGUGGAGGACGGAGGCCACGUGACGGCGGGGCAUCCCUACGCUGAGAUUGAGGUGAUGAAGAUGGUGAUGACCCUGAGCGCGCAGGAGUCCGGCUGUAUUCACUUCGUGAAGCGACCCGGCGCGGUGCUGGAACACGGCUGUGUGGUGGCGCGCAUGGACCUGGACGACCCCAGCAACAUUCACCCUGUGGAGCUGAACACGCAGCCGUUACCGGCGCAGGAACCGCUGCCUACAGUGGGCGAGAAGCUGCACCAGAUCUUCCACAGCGUGCUGGAGAACCUGAUGAAGGUCAUGGAUGGAUACUGCCUCUCUGAGCCCUACUUCAGCAACAGACUGAAUAAGUGGGUGGACACUUUGAUGCAGACCCUGCGUGACCCCUCGCUCCCGUUGCUGGAGCUCCAGGACAUCAUGACCAGCGUCUCGGGGCGCAUCCCGGUCACCGUGGAGAAGCUGAUCCGAAAAGUCAUGGCCCAGUACGCCAGCAACAUCACCUCCGUGCUCUCCCAGUUCCCCAGUCAGAGGAUCGCGAACAUCCUGGACAGUCACGCCGCCACCCUGCAGCGGAAAUCAGACCGAGAGGUUUUCUUCAUGAACACACAGAGCAUCGUGCAGCUGGUACAGAGGUAUCGCAGUGGUAUUCGAGGCUACAUGAAGACGGUGGUGCUGGACCUGCUCCGCCGUUACCUGCAGGUGGAGAGGCAGUUCCAGCAGGGUACUUACGAUAAGUGUGUGAUAAACCUGAGGGAGCAGUACAAACCCGACAUGACCCCCGUACUGGAGCACAUCUUCUCCCACGCUCAGGUCUCCAAGAAGAACAUCCUGGUCACCAUGCUCAUCGACCAGCUGUGUGGGCGGGACACGAUGCUAACAGAUGAUGUUGUGGGCAUCCUAAACGAGUUCACGCAGCUUAGCAAGAUGGAAAACUCCAAGGUUGCUCUGUGCUCACGACAGGUUUUAAUUGCUUCAAAUUUGCCCUCGUAUGAGGUGAGACACAACCAGGUGGAGUCCAUAUUCCUGUCUGCUAUAGACAUGUACGGUCAUCAGUUCUGCCCCGAGAACCUCAAGAAGCUCAUCCUGUCUGAGACGUCCAUCUUCGAUGUCCUACCCAGCUUCUUCUACCACACUAACCGUGUGGUGUGCAUGGCUGCUUUAGAGGUGUACGUGAGAAGAGGUUACAUAGCCUACGACCUGAACAGCCUGCAGCAUCACCAGCUGAAGGACGGCACGUGCGCCGUGCACUUCCAGUUCAUGCUUCCUUCAUCCCACCCUAACAGAGGGAGCAGUCUCACGCUGAACAGGUUACCGGUGAGCAGCUCGGGCCAGUUCGAGUCCAUGAGGCGUCAGGGGAGCGAACUCUUCCUGGAGGGGGCGCUCUCCCCUCCCUGCCAGAGGAUGGGAGCCAUGGUGGCCUUCCAUUGCUUCGACGACUUUAAAAGGUGUUUUGAUGAGGUGAUUUCCUGCUUCGCUGAGCCCCUGUGUGAGAGCCCACUGUUCCCCGAGACCGUGUAUGAUGAAGAGAGCAUUAAGAACAUGAGAGAGAAUCCCAUCCACAUCAUCAACGUCUCCAUCAAGUCAGCAGACACCGAGGACGACGACACCCUGGUCACGGCUUUCACCGACUUCUCCCAGUCCAAAAAAGCUCUGCUGUAUGAGUACGGCAUCAGAAGAAUAACCUUCCUGGUGGCACAGAAAAGAGAAUUUCCCAAGUUCUUCACGUUCAGAGCGAGAGACGAGUUUCAGGAGGACCGGAUCUACCGGAACCUGGAGCCGGCUCUGGCCUUCCAGCUGGAACUGAACCGUAUGAGGAAUUUCGCCCUGACCGCCGUGCCCUGCGCCAACCACAAGAUGCACCUGUACCUGGGCGCCGCCCGCGUGGAGAAGGGCACGGAGGUCACCGACUACCGCUUCUUCAUCAGAGCCAUCGUCCGCCACUCCGAUCUCAUCACCAAGGAGGCUUCGUUCGAGUACCUGCAGAAUGAAGGUGAGCGCUUGCUCCUGGAGGCCAUGGAUGAGCUGGAAGUGGCUUUUAGCAACACACACACUCGCACCGACUGCAACCACAUCUUCCUCAACUUCGUCCCCACCGUCAUCAUGGAUCCCAUCAAGAUCGAGGAGUCGGUACGCUCCAUGGUGAUGCGUUACGGCCGGCGUCUGUGGAAGCUGCGCGUGCUUCAGGCCGAGCUGAAGAUCAACAUCCGACUCACGCCGAACGGCAGCGCCGUACCCAUCCGCCUGUUCCUCACUAACGAGAACGGCUACUACCUGGACAUCAGCCUGUACGAAGAGGUGACCGACACCGCCUCGGGCCAGAUCAUGUUUCAGUCCUACACGGAGAAGCACAGCCCCCUGCACGGCAUGCUGAUCAACACGCCGUACGUCACUAAAGACCUGCUGCAGGCCAAGCGCUUCCAAGCACAGAGCCUGGGCACCACCUACGUCUACGACUUCCCCGAAAUGUUUCGUCAGGCUCUGUUGAAGUUAUGGGGCCCGGGGGACCAGUGCCCUAAAGAUGUGCUCCUGUGUAGCGAGCUGGUUCUGGAUCCUCAGGAUCGACUCGUCCAGAUGAACCGACUCCCCGGAGAUAACGAGGUGGGCAUGGUGGCGUUCCGGAUGAAGAUGAAGACCCCGGAGUACCCCGAGGGCCGCGAGAUCGUCGUGAUCUGCAACGAUAUCACCUACCAGAUCGGGUCCUUCGGGCCCCAGGAGGACCUGCUGUUCCUGCGGGCGUCCGAGCUGGCGCGAGCCGAAGGGAUCCCGCGCGUUUACAUCGCCGCUAACAGCGGGGCGCGCAUCGGCCUGGCCGACGAGGUCAAGCACAUGUUUCAGGUGGCCUGGCUCGACCCUGGCGACCCCUACAAGGGUUUUAAGUACUUGUAUUUGACACCCCAGGACUACACUCGCAUCAGCUCCACCAACUCCAUCCACUGCAGACACGUAGAGGAGGGAGGAGAAUCCAGGUACAUCAUCACCGACAUCAUUGGGAAGGAGGACGGGCUCGGGGUGGAGAACCUCAGGGGUUCGGGGACGAUCGCGGGCGAGACGUCUCAGGCGUACGAGGAGAUCGUGACCAUCAGCAUGGUGACAUGUCGUGCCAUCGGGAUCGGGGCGUACCUGGUUCGUUUGGGGCAGAGGGUGAUCCAGGUGGAAAACUCCCACAUUAUCCUGACCGGAGCAGGAGCCCUGAACAAGGUGCUCGGACGAGAGGUUUACACCUCCAACAAUCAGCUGGGCGGAGUCCAGAUCAUGCACAACAACGGGGUCACGCACACCACCGUGCCCGACGACUUCGAGGGCGUGUUUACCAUCCUGCAGUGGCUCUCAUACACGCCCAAGAACAAACACAGUCCUGUUCCACUGAUACCCACUACUGACCCAGUGGACAGAGAGAUCGAGUUCCUACCCACCAAGACUCCCUACGACCCCCGCUGGAUGCUGUCCGGACGCCCCCACCCCAAUGUCAGAGGGGCGUGGCAGAGUGGCUUUUUCGACCACGGAUCCUUCAUGGAGGUCAUGUCCACCUGGGCUCAGACCGUGGUGGUGGGCAGGGCCAGGCUCGGAGGGAUUCCAGUAGGUGUGAUAGCCGUGGAAACCCGGACCGUCGAGGUCGCCAUCCCAGCCGACCCUGCCAACCUGGACUCAGAGGCGAGGCUCGUGCAGCAGGCGGGGCAGGUCUGGUUCCCGGACUCGGCGUAUAAAACCGCUCAAGUCAUCAAAGACUUCAACAGAGAGAAGCUGCCGCUCAUGGUGUUCGCUAACUGGAGGGGAUUCUCCGGCGGCAUGAAGGACAUGUACGAUCAGGUGCUGAAGUUCGGGGCGUACAUCGUGGACGCUCUGAGGGAGUUCAGGCAGCCCGUGCUGGUCUACAUCCCGCCCCACGCCGAGCUGAGAGGAGGAUCAUGGGUAGUGAUCGACCCCACCAUCAACCCGCAGUGCAUGGAGCUGUACGCUGAUAAAGAGAGCAGGGGGGGCGUGUUGGAGCCGGAGGGUACGGUGGAGAUCAAGUUCAGAAGGAAGGAUCUUCUGAAGACCAUGAGGAGGAUCGACCCUGAAUACAGCCGUCUGGCCCAACAGCUCAGUUCUCCUGAUUUGCCGGAGAAGGAGCGCAGUGGCGUGGAGGCGCGGCUCAGAGUCCGAGAGGAGUUCCUCCUGCCCAUCUACCACCAGGUGGCGGUGCAGUUUGUGGACCUCCACGACACGCCCGGGCGAAUGCAGGAGAAAGGAGUCGUCACGGACGUCCUGGACUGGAAAAACGCGCGGUCGUUUUUCUACUGGCGGCUGCGGCGCCUCCUGCUGGAGGAGGAAGUGAAGAGCGAGAUCGUGCAGGCCAACAGGGAGCUGAGUAACGGGCAAGUGAAGUCCAUGCUGCGCCGCUGGUUCAUCGAGACCGAGGGGACUGUUAAGGCGUACCUGUGGGAUAAUAACAGAGCGAUGGUGGAGUGGCUGGAGAAACACCUGUUGCCUCAGGACGGGGCGCGGUCAGCCAUCAGAGAGAAUAUUAAAUACAUCAAGAGGGACUACGCCCUCAAACACAUCCGCAGCCUGGUGGAGGUGAAUCCAGAAGUAGCCAUGGACUGCAUCAUCCACAUGGCGCAGAACAUCACCCCAUCCGAGAGAGCCAAAAUCUCUCACCUGCUGGCCACCAUGGACAACUCAACCAGCAGCAGCCAACACUGAACACACGCAUUCACACAGCAGUCAGCUCAGUGCCAGUCUCAGAGGGCAUUCAGUCAGUCAGUCAGUCAGUCAGUCAGUCUGGGUAGGUCAGUAGGUAAGCAGCAGGUAAGCUAACACACCCGAUGGAACCAAGACUUUUUCAUGUUCGGAGAGUUCAGUAAGCACAUGUUGCGUCAUGAGUUGUUCUAUGUUCUGGUGUUUUUGUUAUGAUGAUAUUUAAUCGUGAUGCCGUGGAAUGACAUGAACGCACAAAACGCAGCACAUUCAUAUUUUAAUGUUGGAAUUUUGCACAUUAUUGUUGUUAUUAUGAGCCGUUAAUCCUGAUCAGGGCGGGGCACUUCAGUUCUGUGAGUCUGAGCCAUGCAGAGUGCUGGGAUGAGAGAACAGAUACAGGAAGGAUACAGCCGUGUGCAAAAGUUUGUGCAUAUUAACUUAUAUUAUAUAUAGUUUACAUGAAUCUUGCCUGCUGUAACUCCCACCCCUUUAUUCCUCCUGUUCUGUCUGUCCUCGGUUGCUUAACAUCUUAAAAUCUUUAAACAUUUUUCUUGAACUUUGUUUUAUUAAAGCUGGUGAAAUGGGUGUGGCACAGCAGCAUGAGUCCUAAAGACCUGGGUUUAACGUCCCUGUGUACUGAGGAGCUGGAAUGUUCUUUCAUGCCUGUAUUUCUUAAUCUAACGACCUCUGGUUUCCUCCUACCUUCUUAUAAUUGCUGCUGGUGGUUCGGCUGUUUUAAAUUGCCUGGGUGCAGUAAAUCGGUCACCUUAAAUAAGGCUCUAGAUUAAUUGUAAACCAUAGGCAGCACAAACUUUUGCACUCGCCUGUAUAUCGAUGCAGAUGGAUCAGCAAUAAUAAAUGAUUUCCAGGUACACGGCAUGUGAUGCAGCGUCGGCAUGAUGACCUGAAGUUCCUCCCUCUGAAUAUUUACUGACUGAUGAUUGUACUGUAUCGAGCUUCAGGAUGAAAGAUGAACACAAGAAUGUCGUUUAUGGAGUUUAUACAGUCUGAUCAACUGUUAACAUGCUGAAGAAAGCAGGAGCUCCGUGUUUGUUUGUGUAGAUUUUUAUUGAAGUGAAUAGCAGUGUUAUGAGGAGAACCACUGUGUGUGCUUUUUACCUGUGUAUAUUUGUGCAUCACUCAGGUUUGCUGAUUUUAGCUAUGAAUGUGUUUACUUUUUAAAAGAAAUCGUGCCACUAUAUGCCUUUAUCGUACCAUUUCAGGUGAAUGGAACACUGAUUGGUGGGGCGUGUAGAACCUCUGGUUCUGCUGAGCUUCAAGAUUAAUCUGCUCCCAGCACACUGAACUUGAAGCUCAGAGACCUUGGUCUGAGGUCUACAUGUCUUACAAGCUCUGUUCUUUAAAUGCAGCUAGAUGCUGAGAGUGUCAUAAUCAUCACAAUCCAAGUGCUUUUGAAAAACAAUGAGAAUCAAAUUUCUCUCUUUUUUUUUUAGAAACGUACCAGCUUUUUAAUGUCCGACUCUAAUAAAACUGAAAACCUG